AUGGCUAAUCCAAGCAUUGGGAUCAUCGGCAUGGGCCUGAUGGGCCGCAUGUAUGCAAAAAGGUUCAGCGAAGCUGGCUACAGUGUCAAUGUUUGCGAUCGGCCCGACAGGUAUGAAGAACUGAGAGCGGAAUAUGCUGACAAGGUUAGUUCUUCGCAUCUCGUGGAGGACAGAAUUGACAUCCUCAGCAAAACGUGA